AUGAUCAUGUAUCGAGAGCUAAGCACCACAUUAACCACAAGUCACGAUAUCGAAAUGGGCGCUCCGACUUGCGAUACUGCCGGAGCCACCCUCUUAGUCGGCUGA